ACAUGACGUCACAACCAGCUCAGUCAUAAGCAACAUGGCGGCUACCAGUAGCGGUGUAGAGUGGGGUCAACUUGUUAAGCCCAUCCUAGCGGCGUCCUACGGUUCCCUCAACAAACAAGACAUUCCUGAGCUAGCUAAAGCUAUACUGAAGAGUAAAGAAGACAUUCUUCACCAUGAUGAGCAGUAUGAACCAUUUUAUGCAUCAUUCUGUGUACUGGCUGCUGAUUAUUUGGCCAGUAAUUCCCACCAGGUGAGUGUUGGAGGAGUGAGCCAGGCAGUCAGUGCAGCAAAAGUACUGCUGCAGUUUUUGGCAUGCCAUGUUGGGGCACCUCCUACUGCCAUAACCACUCCAGUCUCCCACUCCUCGACCUCUGUCUCCACUUCAACUACGACCAGCACAAAUGAGAAUGGCAGUAGUACUCCAGCUGUGGCUGUCCCUACAGCUGUCACUUCACCUGUAGCCAAAAGUACAGUGACUACAAGUAGCACAGUGCCACCUUCCACCACUGCAUCUAGUACAGUGACGAGUACAACUACCGUUACUACAACUACCACUUCUGCUGCUGCUGUUACACCUGUGACUGAGACCAGUGGAGAGAAGGAACGAAUGGUGUGUGUUCAUGACAAGCAUUUGCUUGCUGGCAUCAAAGCUCUGUGUCGUGGAUCUGGAGCUCUUCAUCGUGCUGAUCAAACAUCCCUGACAGCAGCCAUGAAGGCUGCAAAACUUCCACCGCACAUUAAGACUGUUGCUCCAGGUACACCUCCUCCAGCAGGAGAAAAAGAGUCUUCAUCAUCCAAAGAAGUUCGACGGGGGCGCAGUGAUCCCAGUGCUGUGAUACUGGAACAGUUGGUGUCACCUCUGCAUGAUCUAGGAGGCUCCAGACCACGUCCUCCUCAUUCUUCAACACCACCAGCCACUUCAGACAAGGAUACAGAUGGACCACUGAUUAGUGUGUCUGACUCUGGCCUGGAUAUGCGUAACUUGUUCGCUGGUCAGUGUGUAUCAGCUCUACAGAGUCUAGGUGGCGGUGAACAACUUAUAGAUGUGUGCCUCAAAUUGCCCACAAUCAUAAAAUUUACCCAACGGUACAAAGAUCUACUAGAAGGCAAAGGACAUGGCUUUCCAACCAAUAUUUCGGAGGCACUUGUUGUUAAAGCUGGACUGAACACCGUUGUGGUGGAACUUAGCACUGUUUGGCGUGUUAUGUCCCUGCCUCUCCUGGAGCCUUUGAAUUCUAUUCGCUUACAGAAGCUCUCCACAAUUGCAAUGGCUGCCUUGCUUGCUGCUCUUACAGUUUCUUGUGCCACUGCUAUUAUUGCAGUAGCAUCACAGGGCACAUCUUCAUCCAAGACGCCUCCGCCGCCACGUGAAGAUGAUUUGGAUACUGCAGCUCCUGCAAUUGCUGAAAAAGCUCUGGAUCUCUUCAAUGUAAUUCUAAAUGCUGUGCGCUCUUCAACAAGAGCUGGCGGACAUCAUGUGCAAAACCUGCAGUUGAUGGGGUCUUGGUUAAUAAUGACUGGACUCCACCAGUUGAUGCUUGUUGUCUCUUCUGCUGCUGCAAUGCAAGACAAAAAAGAUGAUAAAGGACGAAGCCCCAGCAAAAAAGAUUCUGCUUCUGCAAGGAUAAAUCUAACAAAGGUACAACAAGGUUUUGGUGUGGUAUGUGUGGCACUAGCCUCUCAAGGUGUAACCCUAAUGACUGGACUCUUAGAGGAUGUUAAAGUUGAAGGAUGGACACCUCCCCGUCCCCCUGAACCUGCUCGCCUAGAUCCCUUGGAGGCUUAUACAGCGACUGAGCGUUUGUGCCGGUUGUUUUCUGCUGUUCCACUGAAUCAGCUGCUGUUUUACCUUGCUACCAUUUCAUACAGAAAGGCUUGCAGUCUAAAGCGAACCCAUCGUGCCAUGGGUGAAGGAGAUACCUUCAGCAUCUCAGACUCGACUACAUACUAUGAGGAUGACUUCUCUGAAGGGAGUCUUGGAGAGGAAGACUGUGGCGAUAACCCAGUACUUGGCCCCGCAACAGACGACGACUCGGUUAUCAUUGGUGCCUGGUUUGAGGAGCCCACUACACCUGGUGAAGGAGGCGACGACCCAGUCUCAGGAGGAGGCCAAGGCAAUAGUGAUUCGUCGUCGUCCCCGGAUGACUCUCAGGCAAAGACCCCACACCGCCACAACUCGGAGGUCACUACCAUUGUGCCAGAGAAGGGGGAGCCUCAUGGGUUCAUAUCACUGGCAUCACAUAUAUUUCUGCUGAUGAACAGCUACCUUGUUGAGAGUGAGUGUGCUUAUGUACAGCAGUACGUACGUGCGGGAUUGGCUGAGACACACAUGGUUGUCUUGGCUGCAAUAAUACGUGACCUUGACAGGGAAACUGCCAGGUCAGACUCUGGAAGUCUUACUGGAUACUUGGGCCCUGUACUUGGCUCUCUCUAUGAUGAAUUCUCAUAUGCCCUGUAUCGCUACACUCACAAUGUGAUUGCGUCAGGGUUAUUGAGUGAGACCUUGCAGAACACGCUUCUUGGCCAACUUGGUGUUUCUCCUUGGACACCAGAUGGAGACUGGCCUUUACAGGUUCUGCCACGCACUCUCACAGUCCUGGCUCAGGUUCUCUUGUUACGUCAGCGUCGAGACAAGGAUGAACUAAAGUGUGAUUCCGACACAGCCUGUGUUCUAAUUUGGCACCGUGUUAUCACCACCUUAACCAAGUCUGUCACCAAUUUGCCUGCUCCAGACGCGGAGACUGAAGACCUGAAUGUGGAGCAUGCCCAGCUCCUGUUAUUCCUUUUCCACUCCCUACAACUAAUGCAGAAGAAGAGUGUGCUGCUGAAUGUUGCCUCGGCUGUAGUGAAUGUUGCAGCGGUGAUCAGUACACCCAUGAGGGACACACAGGUUCUUCACCUGGCUCGCCUCCUCCUCAUAUUUGACUAUCUGAUGAAGAACCUAUAUGAAGCACCACAAGUUUUGAUAGAACAGGUCCAGUGGAACCUUUUCAAACCUAUUUCUCAUCAGUGUGAUACCCAGACUUCAGGAAAGGAUACAGGAAAUGGUUCGGGAGGAAAAAUGUACCAUGUAUGGCGUGAUCUGGAAGACAACUACCGGAAAAAUUACUCUCAUGAGGACACGGCAGUACGACCCAGGUUCUACACACUCACUCCUGCUGAGACUAAUACCCAAGACACCCCUAAACUGGAUGGGCUGGCUUGCAGUUUCAUCCUAGCCACACCAGACACACUCAAGUAUGGUGCAUUAUAUGACACUCUUGUCAGUCUUUUGGGAAUAGGCUGCCAGAAUGACCCAAGCUUACGAAGUGCUAAUGAUGCCCAGCUGACUUAUCUGGGACUCUGUGGUGUGCAGUAUGCGUUCUCUUUGGCCUACCGACUCCUCCUCACAAUGCCACCUUCAGUUUCUGCUCUAGAAGCUAUGGCAACCACCGAGACCAAACUUGAGGGAUCUCAUCUGCUUCAUGCACUCUUAUGGGGCCCUCGUGCUUCACACAAAAUAUUCAAUGGAUGGAUAAAGGAUGGACUAGUACGCCAAAGCUUGACCACUCAGAAAGCAGAUGCCUUAUUGAAAUCUGUUGCUAAAACCAUGUGCAAUCUGAAACAUGAUCUUAAGGUUGCCAAUCACCUCAUCACUUCCUUGAGUAAGAGCUAUGCUUCAAUGGUGGGUUCACCACUUACGAGCUCUGAGCAACUGCCAGCAUUCUCUGACCUCUACAUGCUGGAUACAGUGUUAGCACGUCUUCAAGUGACUCUUGAUGAUGCUUGUCAGAAGGGUGAUGUUGAUCUCCGCUCCUGUGAAGGUGCAGAUCUUCUCAGAGCUUUGGAUAUAUCUGCAGAUCAACUUCCCAUUUCUGGUCUUUUGACUUUAAUACAAGCUCUAGCUUGUGCUACAAGAUGGAGCCUUUUGCAGCAAAUGAACAGUGUUCUUGAGGAAGGUAGCAGGUUACCUCCAGAGGCCUUGGAUGCCUAUUGUUCAGUGUUAGCAGUGUCUGGGGGCCAUGUACCUCGUGCAGGUCCACACCCUCCAUGCCUUACUCGAGCAGCCCUGCCUGCCCCACUCAAAACUGCACUAGACAACUGGAAUGCAAAUAACAUGACUGAUUUUCCAGCAGCACGUGCAUGGAGAAACAGCAUGAGUGGAGAUGUCCUUCCAGGAGAGACUUACGUGUCAGGCGUUGUAAUGGGUCAUGUGUCAACUCUUUCGGCUCAGCCUGCCUUCACCAUCAACUUUUCACUAAAGCACGUCAUGCAUACCCUUGUCACAUUUGCAACAGAUCUGGCAGGGUAUGUUACACUUCAUAGCUGGUGCAGUGACGAUGAGAAGACUGGAGGGCUUCUGACCAACACCCUUGUAAGCCUGGCUGUUGAUGCUACAUGUGACCAUGUCUCUGAAUGCGUGUCGAGUGCAAUCGAUCGUCUCUUACCUGCUCAAGAAGGCACAGAAUCCUCAACAUCUCCUGACCCAUUCCAUCUCACCCUUUACUCUCAUUUGCUCACACACGUAGAGUCUCUUUUGCAGACGGCUGCAGCUUGUGAUGGAGUUGUAGAUGAACAGAUUUUGGAAGGCUGCACAAAUUUCCUGGAAGAACUGCUGGAGGUACCAACUGGGAAGUUGGCUCUGGACAAGUUUCUUGCAGAGUCCCACUUUGCUUCAGUUCUUCUUAGUCCACCCAUCAGUGGGGAUGUAAAAUCUUCAAAUCUCCCCACUCAUAUUAUCAAGUUCUUUAUUCGCUUGUUCCAGCUUGCUGAGAAAACACCAACGGACCACACCUUAGCUUCAGUAUGUAGUCGAAUUUCUGUGGGGUCUUGGCUGGAAUCUGGGAUACUUCAAGGAUGGCUCUCGACUCAUCUUUUGACUUCUACACCCACUAAUGAUGCUGAGGCAGCACCAAACAGUUGGCAGUUGUUGAGGACACUUACAGCUUACAUAAUUACUCAGGAUACACAGAAUGCUGAGGAGGUUGCUCAUGGUCUUUUGAAGUCCCUAGUUCCACUAGGGUCAUCCCUGGUUAUUGAUGGUAAUGAGGGUCUUGCUAGUAUGACACACUUGCUGUCUGUUAUGUCCUCUUUAGCAAGUGCUGGAUCAGGAGCAGGUCAUGUUACACUCUUCAGGGCUGCUACACAGUGGGUCACACAGUGCAAGCAGCACCUAGUUGGAGAAAGUGACAAGGGACUACUGGAGGCAAUGUGCCAUUUACUUUCAUAUGUCAGUGAUGUUGUGGCUGCUCUUAAGGUCAACAGUGAACGUUGGGCUGUUGCUUAUCGAAGUGGAAUGACUUCACCACCCUAUGAACUGGAUUUAACUGUUGACAAUGACUCUGAUUGGGUGGAUGAUUUAACACAAGACGACGAUGAUAGUGCUGGUGAAGACUCUGAUGAAGACAGCAUGUGCAACAAGCUUUGCACUUUUACACUGACACAAAAGGAGUUCAUGCACCAGCACUGGUACCAUUGUCACACCUGCCGUAUGGUUGAUGGUGUUGGAGUGUGCACUGUGUGUGCACGGGUGUGUCACCGGGGACAUGAUGUGACCUAUGCAAAAUAUGGAGCAUUCUUUUGUGACUGUGGAGCUAAAGAAGAUGGUUCAUGCCAAGCUCUUGUUAAACGAAGUCCUGCAUCAUACGAGGAUGGUGUGGGAUCCUCUAGUGGUCCAGCUGCAUUUGGAGUGGAGCCUCUCCUGCCAUCCUCUCUCCGGCGACGUCCUUCCUCACCUUCACAAGGCUCUCAGUCUGAUAAGCAUCGUGAUGAUACAUACAAGCAGAGGCAGGCAUUAGCAAAGAAAUUAGAGAAUGUGCGAGAUUUAUUAGUCGGUGAAGUAAGUAGCAGUGAGGUUGCUGCUACGGUGUUAGACCUGUUGUCCGACUUGAUGCCCACCAUUCAGGAGAGUGCAGCAGAUUCCAGCUCAGUGGGGUCUUACCAACGUGCACUCGCUGCCCUGCACCAAGUACAUACUGCCUCAAAGAUAGUGGAGCCAUCAGAGCAGCUUAUGGUGGCCACACUAGGAUCUCAAGAAGGGGCUUUUGAAAACGUAAGGCUUAAUUAUUCCGGAGAACAGGGACAGACAAUCAGACAGCUUGUGUCUGCUCACAUGAUUCGACGAGUGGCCAUGUGCUGCUUGGCCUCACCAGGUGGCAAGAGGCAGCAUCUAGCAGUGUCUCAUGAAAAGGGCAAGAUAACAGUUCUGCAACUUUCUUCCCUCUUGAAACAACAUGAUUCUGCUAAGAGGAAACUUACCUUGACACGUUUGUCUUCUGCACCGGUCCCAUUCACUGUUCUGUCUAUCACUGCUAAUCCAGCCAAUGAUGAUUAUCUUGCUGUUUGUGGACUUAAGGACUGUCAUGUUCUAACCUUUGCAAGUGCUGGCAGUGUUUCGGAUCAUCUGGUACUACAUCCUCAGCUGGAGUCAGGAAACUACAUAAUCCGAGCUGUGUGGUUGCCAGGCCAGCAGACCCAGUUGGCACUCGUUACUGCUGAGUUUGUGAAAAUAUAUGAUCUUAGCAUUGACUCGCUCUCUCCUCAGUACUUUUUCCUGCUUCCCUCUGGAAAGAUCAAGGAUGCCUGCUUUGUGUGUGCUCAGGAUGAUGGGUGUUACCUUGUAGCUAUGGCAUCAUCAGGCUACAUGUAUACACAGGUAUUGAGUGAGGAGAGUUCAGCACAGCAUGGACCAUUUUACGUUACUAAUGUUCUUCAAGUUCAGCACCAAGAUCUUAAGGAUUGCAAUGGCCAGAUAGGUGGUGGUGGAGUGAGUGUAUACUACUCUCACACACUUCAGGUCCUCUGCUUCAGUUAUACUCAGGGCAAGAGUUUCAUUGCUCCUCUUAUAUCCAUCAAUGAGAAUGAGAAGGUAGAGAAGAUGUUUGCUGUAAGUGUUAAAGGAGGCAAUGGUUCUGGAGGAAGCAGUAGUAGCAGCAGCAGCAGCAGUAGCAGUAGUAGCAGCAGCAGUAGCAGCAGUAGUGGUGGCAGUGGGGGUAAAAUGGUUCCUCAGCCUCUUUGUCAAUGGGGAGAGGUCACUGGUCAUCCUGGGCUCAUCACAUGUCUCACUCAGUCAAGUAAUAAUCCAGUAAUUUUGAUGGUGAAACCAGAUCAUAUCCUUAUUCAAGAGAUUCGUGUUUUGCCUGCUAAGAGCAAAAUGACGGACCUUGUGGCCUUGCGACACUCUUGGUCGCCUAAUCAUGAAGCCAAGACUACACUCAUUCUGCUUUGUGAAGAUGGCUCACUUAGGAUAUAUAAUGCCAACCCCCAGACUACAGAUUUCUGGUUGUCGCCACAGAUGCAAGUUCUCAGUGCUAUUUCCUCACUACGUCCUUCCAGGAAGAAGAAAACUCCUAAACUAGGACGACCAUCAGGCUCCGUUGUCUUCCCAGUUGAUUUCUUUGAGCACUGUUCAGUGAUGAAUGACAUUGAGUAUGGUGGUAAUGACCUGCUACAAGUUUACAAUGUACAGCAGUUGAAGAACAGACUUAACAGCCAAGGCAUGUACAUAGCUUCAACAAAGCCAGGAGGAUUCCAGCUAGAGGUAACCAACAAUGACUCAACCCUGGUUAUCUGUGGCCUGAGGGUUGCUGUUGGAGCUGUUGAUACCCAGAGGGUCCCAGCAUACUUAGAGAUAUUUGGAAGAAGCGUUUCAAUUGCUGCUACUCGAAGCCGCUGGUUUGAUAUUCCACUAACACGUGAGGAAUCACUGCAGGCAGAUAAACGCAUUGUUAUUAGUUUUGGACCCUCGGCUGACCCAUCAAAUAUUGCUAUGGUUGACUUUGUAAAAAUUUACGGAAAAACUAAGGAGGACUUUGGAUGGCCUGAGGAACCGGAGGACUUCUCAACUACAGUUAGUGGGACUGGAGCUAGUGGAUCAACUGGCGGUGGCAGUGAAUCAACAGCAACAGGAGGAACAGCCUCUACACCCCUGCCUCUAACAGCUGUUGAUCGCCUUGUGUCUGCUGCUCUGGAAACUCUUGAUGGCUGCUUUGUUGCCACGCCAGCUGAAAAGAUUGUAGCCAGAGCUGGAGCUUUAGACUUGGCAACAAAAUUACUCAAUCUUCCUCUACCUCCUACCGUGCAAUCGCUGUUUUCCUUUCAGCAUCACACCCGGACUCUGCUUGCAUCACUGCAUCAGAGUCGAAUGGCAUACCACAAUCACAAGGAUGGAGCACAGCUCGCCAGCGUUGUGGACUCCUUGAAUAACCUUCGUCGUGUAACGGAACCUCAGCAGCUGGACUGUGAAGCUUACCAUCGUUUGGUUGUAACUGCAAGAAAUGUGGCUGCGGCUAGACCACAUAAUCUGGUCAAGUAUACAGAGAAAGUAUCAGCAGACAUGACUUUAGUUCAGUCAGAAGAUGACAACAAAAAGCCUGAAGCCACAUCAUCAUCUCCCAGUCAAAAGACAGAUGGAGAUGCUUCACUCUCAAAGAAAAGUGACGGAGACUCUACUUUAAGCAAGGCAUCUGACACAACUUCCGACUCAGAAGGAACACUGGAGGGUGGUGAUAGCAAUGGCAAUGACAUUACCAGUGAUGAGACUCACUUCUUGGCUCAGCUGAUGAGUGUCUUUUGGGCUCUCCACAGUGCCAAGCCCACCAAUCUUUUUCUUACUCCUAUGUGUCAACCUGGUUUGACCCAUGUUGAAGCUACAGUGCAGGCAGUAGUUGAGAUCAUCCAUGCUUACACUGUUUGCUCACUGUCAGCAGUUCCUCUUGCUGUUCGUCUCUAUACCGAAUUAUUACUUUGCUCUGACACAUCAGUUAGUUUCGGUGCAAAACAAGCCUUGAUCAGAGUGUUACGACCUCGCCACAAGAGACGCAAGGUUUUCAUUCCCAGUCCUCCAAGAUGCUCUACACCAGGUGUUGGUGUGGAUGACACUGAGAAGCCAACAGUGACACCGCAGGAAACUGGAGGAGCUGCCUUGGUUGAGCCUCCAUUUGAAGGAGCAGAAGCUGCUGACCCAAUAGCUGAAGCAGGUGGUGGUGGCGAUGGUCUUGAUGCGCUGGGAGUGUUGGGGGGCGGCAGUGGUGGUGGUGGUCUGGCACUAAGAGGAGCUCUGAUGGGAGGCAUGCUUGACCUCCCCGCUGAUGAUGACGAUGCUAUGAUGGAGUUGGCCAUUGCACUUUCCUUGCAUGAAGAACAAGGUCAGGCCCCAGCUGAUUUAGGAAACCUUCAUCCAGGAUUGCAAGGUUUGGUUGGUGGACUUCCUGGCUUGCAUCGCCUCCAAGGACUGAGUGGGCAGGUACUGCACAGUCUGCAAGUGUUAGCUGCAGGAGGUAUGCCUGGAGGAAAUGCUCAGGCCAAUGCACAAGAGGUACAGCAGGAUGCUAGUGAUGAAGCUGAAGGUGUUGAUGUGGAAGGUGGUGAUGGACAAGAGAAUGGUCAUUACUCUGACACAACUGCUUCUGCAAAUGGUUCUGAUGAUGAUGAUGGUGAGGGCUCAACAGCUGCUACUGAUGGCUCCAAUUUGAGGGCUUCACCUGCAGAGCAUGCUGGAAGUGCAGGAAGCGAGUCUGGAGGCUCGGUGGUCGAGAGUCUGGGAGGCGAGCACAAUGUGUCUGGCCGCAGCUCAGCAUAUGGUGACACUGGACAUGAAACAGGAUCGGCUGGUCUUCGUGAAGGAGCAGCAGCUUUACCUGCGACUUUACAGGGUGAACUGGUUGAGGAGGAACUCCCUGAAGGUGGUGUUGGGCUACACACACUUCGCUUGGCUCUUCUAGAUUCUCUCGUACAGCGUGUUCCUUCACUAUCCUCGGUUGGAGGGGUCACAACAAUACCAUUCUUCCAAGUCCUACUGAUGCUGACAUCUGACCUUGAUGGUAAUGAAAGUCGAGACCGGGCCAGCUUGGAUGCCGUCUUGUCUGCUCUAGUAACACAACUAAACAUGAGUAGCAUUGAUGUGGCGACAGUUUCAGAGCGUACACCCAGCAAGGAAGUCCAGUUGGUUGUAAUGAGACUUUUGAGUGUAAUGAUGUCACGAAGCAAGUCUGGUGCUCGAUCAAGUAGUGACAGCUCCAGUGUGAUACCUCAGGCGACAGCCAGCUGCCUUGUACGUUCAGGAGCCAUGGACCAUUGCUUAGUCAUACUGAAAGCCCUGCUAGAAUACUGGAGGGCUUCUUCUAAGGAGCAAAGUGGUACUGUGAUUGGUGCAGGCUUAUUGAAACCACGUCCACUAACCUUGCCACCAGAUAUGUCACCAUUCUUCUUGCGACAGUAUGUGAAGGGUCAUGCCCAUGAUGUGUUUGCAGCUUUCCCUCACUUGCUAACUGAAAUGGUUCUCAGACUGCCCUAUCAGAUGAAGAAGCUUGGAGAAGGAGGUCAGUUUGAGCCAGCCUGGUCCCACUACCUCUGUGAGUACAUGAUGACACAACAAACUCCAGUUGUGAGACGUCAAGUUAGAAAACUGCUGCUAUUUAUAUGUGGCCACAAGGACAAGUACCGCCAAAUGCGAGACAUGCAUGCCCUUGAUUACCACAUAAAGGAUGUGAAGGUGUUGUGUGCACAAGGAGGAUUUAGCUUCUCAGGUGGAGCCUCUGUCACCCCCAUCAGUCUUCCAUACGACUCCCUCAUUCAGCUGAUUGAGCAUCUCAAGUCGUGUGUGGACAUUGCUUCAUCUCGCACUCCAAACUGGCAGAAAUAUUGCAUGAAGGAUGAGAGUGUACUUGGCUUCUUGAUGGAGGUGUCUUGCCUGCUAGAAGAAGGUGUUGCCCCAACAGUCCUUCAACUUCUUCAAGCAGCACUGUGUCCAAGUUCCAAAAAUUCGGAAAACUCCAAGAGCUCUGGAAGCAGUACCAAGAGAGCAUCCAGUGAAGACAGUGAGGGAGAAACUAGAGGUGAAGAAGCUCACUGUGCUGCAUUAGUAGCACAGAUCAAUAGGUAUUUGGACCGCAACCGUAUAAGUCAGUUUGUACGUACGUUCUUAUUGGAAUCUAACUCGACGGGUGUAAGGUGGCAGGCCCAUUCGCUUGUUCUUGCCUUGUAUAAACACUCUCCUCCAAGAGACCAAGACACCCUUCUCACCCUCAUGUGGUCACUAUGGCCUCAUCUUCCUGCUUAUGGUCGAAAAGCAGCCCAGUUCGUAGAUCUGUUGGGAUACUUCUCUCUCAAAACUCAACACUGUGAGAAAAAGGUGAUAGAAUAUAUCAAUCGAGCUGUGACAGUUCUUCGAACGCAAUCUCAGCUCUUGGCCAACCACCCUAAUGCCAAUUUAUACAACUCCUUGGCUUCUCUGGUAGAGUUUGAUGGCUACUACUUAGAGUCUGAGCCAUGCCUUGUCUGCAACAACCCAGAAGUUCCAUUCACCAGUGUUAAAUUAUCCACAGUAAAGGUUGAUUCUCGCUUCACAACAACAACUCAGCUGGUUAAACUGGUUGGAAGUCAUAUGAUCAGUCGCCUGACACUUCGCAUAGCUGAUCUUAAGCGUACAAAAAUGGUCCGCACUCUUAACAUUUUUUACAAUAAUCGCUCAGUGCAAGCUGUUGUAGAACUAAAGAACAAACCAGCUAUGUGGCACCGUGCAAAGAAGGUGACCUUAUCUGCUGGUCAGAUUGAGGUAAAAAUUGACUUCCCUCUUCCCAUCAUUGCUUGUAACCUCAUGUUUGAGUACACAGACUUCUAUGAGAAUCUUCAGGCUUCUACAGAGACACUUCAGUGCCCUCGAUGCUCAGCAGCUGUGCCAGCAUCUCCUGGUGUCUGUGCCAAUUGUGGAGAAAAUGUUUACCAGUGUCACAAGUGCAGGGCCAUAAAUUAUGAUGAAAAAGACCCAUUCCUUUGCAAUGCAUGUGGUUACUGCAAGUAUGCCAAGUUUGACUACACUCUGCAGUGCCGACCAUGCUGUGCUGUGGAUCCUAUUGAAAAUGAGGAUGACCGUAAGAAAGCUGUACUCAAUAUCAAUACCUUGCUUGAAAAGGCUGAUAGAUCAUACAAGCAACUUCAAGCAUACAAACCAACCUUGGAGCUGUUACUGGUGCGCAUCAGUGAGCAAGGUGCUGUUAGAAGUGCCGAUGAAGGGAGCUCGGGAGGCACUCAGGUGAACCGAGCCAUACAGCAGCUGGCUCAGAAGUAUUGUGGUGACUGCAAAAAUUCCUUUGAUGAUCUCUCCAAAGUUAUCCAGCGAGUGCAGGCAUCCCGCAGAGAAUUAGUGAACUUCGACCGCUCACAAAAGGAUGGUGGAAAGAAAACUGUAAUAUCACCCUUGGGUCGAAGUGGAAUUGUAUAUAGUAACCCUGAAGAUGGAGCUGUAGCUGCUGGUCGUUGUUAUGGUUGUGCAGCAUCAGCAACUGAACACUGCAUCACUCUCCUGCGUGCUCUGGCCACAAAUGCUACAUUGAGAGCAUCCCUGUGUCAGCACGGAUUGAUAAAUGAUCUUCUAGAAUAUAAUCUUCGACGCGGAACCGUUCAGGUAAAGGUAAGAAGUGAAGUCCGUCAGCUCUUGUGUCUGUUGACAAAGGAUGAUUUGUCAGCCACUCAAGAGCUGAAUCACCUCAUCAUGGAUAAAAUAAGUGUAGCACUUCGCUCUCAUGUAACUUCACCAGACCUCGCAGCUGCUGUUAGACACGAGAUGGGUCUACUUGCUUCCUCGGCUCAGAAGGAAGAUUCAUGCUGGGAAUAUCGACUUAGAUGUGUUGUUCAGCUGUUCUUGAUGGCAGGUGGAUCUAAUGCUUCACCCACAGUAAUGGAGCACAUUACACUUCCUUGUCUUCGCAUACUCCAAGGGGUCAUGAGGCCACCUACACCUCCCCCGCCUCGCAAGAGUCGAGACAAGACACCUACUAGCUCUGUUACAGCUGCAACAGGGGCUGCAGGAGCUACAUCUGCACCUACAAUAACUGCUACAGAGUUUAUGGCUGCAUACCUUGGGGGAUCUAAGGUUGGUGUGGAUGUGAGCAAGUGGCUGGCAGGUGAUCCUGGACAUUCAUACGAGACUUGGAAGAAAAAAUUAGCAAGGAGAGUUCAGGAACCUGCCAUUUCCAAAAUGAAAAAAGAUGAGGUUCAUGAACGCUAUUUACUUGAGAAGUUUGGUUGCCGAUGGCUGGCUCGCACCAUCCGUCAUCAGUAUGACCUAAAGAUGCAAGAUUCAUCAUGGUUGCGCAGGGUCCUCUUUAAUCCAUCAUCACGAAUGGCUAGACAAGUGACAGCUCAGAUGAUGGAGUCUCUCUGCACCUCAGUGCAGCGGAAGAAAGAGGUUUUGGACAUGUUGACAACUUUCUUGCCAGAGAUUGGAAGAGCAGGCGAGAGUGCUGGUGAAUUUGUCUCACUGUAUCAGACACUCCUGGUGGGAGCCCACUGGAAGUAUUACUUAGCAUUAAAAGGAGUUCUACCUAUUAUAGCUAGUCUCAUCUCUUCAGAAAUCCAAUUGCUCACCACUUUAGAGGAAACCACACUUACCACUGAUCUCAGCCAAGGAUAUGCAUUAAAGGUCCUGACAGAAUUGCUCUCUCAAUUCAUUGAUGUUGAUUCCAUCAAGAGUGUAUACAAGGGCCGAUUGGUUGGCACAGUGCUGAGUGGUUACCUUUCCUUACGCAAACUGGUGGUUCAGCGGACUAAAUUAAUUGAUGACACCCAGGAUAAAUUCCUAGAGCUACUAGAAGAUAUGACAUCUGGGACUGAGGCUGAAACUAAGGAGUUCAUGGCCGUGUGUGUAGAUACACUAAAACAGUACCCACAAGAUGAUGUAAGAACACCUGUUUUUAUUUAUGAAAGACUGUGCUCGAUCAUAUAUCCUGAGGAAAAUGAUGUUGGAGAGUUUUUCCUUACUUUGGAGAAGGACCCCCAGCAAGAAGAUUUCUUGCAGGGACGCAUGGUGGGAAAUCCUUACAGUAGUAUGGACUCUGGAUUGGGACCUCUUAUGAGGGAUGUUAAGAACAAGAUUUGUCAAGACUGUGAAUUGGUAGCAUUAUUGGAGGAUGACAGUGGCAUGGAGCUACUUGUGUGCAAUAAGAUCAUCUCCUUGGAUCUACCUGUUAAGGAGGUUUAUAAAAAAGUUUGGCUUGCUGAGAACAGUGAAAGUGAUGCAAUGCGUGUUGUUUAUCGCAUGAGAGGUCUCCUUGGGGAUGCUACAGAAGAGUUUGUUGAGACCUUAGAUAAGAAGAAAGAGGAAGAUGUUGACAAUGAGCAAGUGUAUCGCAUGGCUGGAGUCAUGUGUCAGUGUGGAGGUCUUGAGGUGAUGUUGGAGUGUCUUCAGAGAAUUAGUGAUCUUUCAUAUGCCAGGGCUCUGGUCACAGUUCUUCUAAAGCUUUUCCAGUAUUGUGUGAAGGUGCGUGUAAACCGAGAACGUUUGAUGGUACCAUCAUUAAAUGCCAUUGCCACCCUUCUUCACACCCUGAAACAGUGCCUGGCAGCUGAGCCAGAAGUUGUUGCUGGUCCUCCUGGUGGAGCCUCCCUCACUGAGCAGCUGCUGCAGGUAUUGGAGGCAAUACUGGUUGAAGCUUCAUCUAUGCCUGCAGCUUCAUAUACCGAGUUUGUGGAGACAUGUGGCACAUUAGAAGACAUCCACUUGCUACUUAACUAUGUUGCUACGUCCUCUCGUACUAAUGCACAGGUUCGCCAACGCUUGAUGCGUGUUUUGCCAUUUUUGGUCUUCUGUCACAAAGAAAAGAUGGAGCUUUUGGUUGGACAUUUCCGUCCAGUAUUAGAUUUUGAGAAGUAUGAUUCUGAGCAUUCACCAGAGGAUGCUGCCAAGAUGGAGUCAUUCUGUGUUUUCUGUGAUGGCAUUGAACGUAACGAAAAUGGCAAUCAGCUGAAAGACAUGAUUGUCAGAGCUAAUAUUGUAAAGGAUGCAUUAGCUUACAUAGAGAACCACAUGCCAGUGAGUAAGAAGCUUGUAGUUGUGUGCAAUGAGGAGUGGAAGGAUUUCUUGGGACGACCUUCUCUUAAAUACAUACUCAGACUACUUACUGGGUUGGCAACAAAGCAUAGAGGAACACAGCAAGCAGUUGCUGCAACAUGUAUUCCAGCUAUUCAUAGACUUGAACAGAUCUCCUCUGAUGAACAUGUUGGUUCAGUAGCUGAAAAUUUACUUGAAGCUUUAAGAGAUGAUCCCAGUAUAGCUGUGCAGGUUCAAGAAGUGAGACGUCAGACACGGCAGGAAAAGAAACGUCUAGCAAUGGAGACACGCAAGAAGGAAUUAAGUCGGUUAGGACUUAGAGCUAAUGACAAGGAGCAGAUUACAUCACAGUCUACUUUAUUGUCACAAAUGGGGGAAAUAGCAGAAGAAAGUGGAUUGGUGUGUGCAAUAUGUUUGGAAGGUUAUCGGUGUCAGCCACAGAAAGUCUUGGCUGUGUACACCUUCAGCAAGCGUUGUGUGGUGGAUGAAUUUGAGAAUAAGCCUCACAAAACUCUUGGUUACUGCACUGUUUCACAUUUUAAUGUUGUGCAUGUUGAUUGCCAUCUUGCAGCAGUAAGGUCUUCUCAUUCUUCUCGAUCUAGGGAUGAAUGGGAGAGUGCUGCCCUUCAUAAUGCAAACACAAGGGCAAAUGGUCUCUUACCUCUCUGGGGACCACAGGUUCCCGAAUCAGCAUUUGCUUCAUGUUUAGCACGUCAUAAUACGUACUUACAGGAGUGUACAACUCAUAGGGAUAUAAGCUAUUCAUCAACUCUCCAUGACUUGAAACUUUUGCUAUUACGUUUUGCCAAUGAAAAAUCAUUCAGUGAUGACACGGGUGGAGGUGGUCGUCAGUCCAACAUGAAUUUAAUCCCCUAUAUACUACACAUGGCACUAUAUGUUAUCAAUACAACACGUUCUGCAAGCCGUGAAGAGAAAAAACUUGCCACUUUCCUUGAAGCUGGACGUGAGCGGUGGGUAGAAGUAGCUUAUGAGGCAGAGGGAGUGUUCUAUAUGGGUGUCCUGGCCUUAGCAGUUUACUCCCCAGCUCAGUGGACAAAAAUUAGAGUUGCAUACCUUCAGCGGCUGCUGGUUGUUGCACAUGCUCGUGCUGUCUCCCCUCAUCCUCCACAAGGAAAUAGGAUCACAGAUAAAUCAACAAAGGAUUGGGCAGUUUACAAGCAUGCUUGUAUAUUUUGGGCACUUGUGGAUGGCAUUUACAACAUGUUCUUUAAGAAGGCAAGUACUGAAGGGGAAUGGAGUGUAACAAUAGCUGAGUUUGUGCGUCAUAAUGACCAAGUGCUGGUCGAGGCUGCCUCUAAACUACUUGCAACAUACCAGGAGGAACUUCUUCCCAUUUCCUCUUUCAUGGAGUUUUGUGAUGUCAGUCUGCUUCACGAGAUUGAAAAUCCAGAUGAGUUCUUGACAGAACUACUUUUGAGUUUGCCGUGAUAAUUCCAGGUGUAGUGUGAAGAUCCUUUACCUUUGCACAGAGGAAACCUAGUUUAAAAUGCAAAAGAGUUUAUAAAGUUAUAUAUGUUAAAACUAUAACUCUUUCUUUCAACACACCGGCCGUAUCCCACCGAGGCGGGGUGGCCCAAAAGGAAAAACGAAAGUUUCUCCUUUUACAUUUAGUAAUAUAUACAGGAGAAGAGGUUACUAGCCCCUUGCUCCCGGCAUUUUAGUCGCCUCUUACAACACGCAUGGCUUACGGAGGAAGAAUUCUGUUCCACUUCCCCAUGGAGAUAAGAGGAAAUAAACAAGAAUAAGAACUAGAAAGAAAAUAGAAGAAAACCCAGAGGGGUGUGUAUAUAUGUGCUUGUACAUGUAUGUGUAGUGGGACCUAAGUGUAAGUAGAAGUAGCAAGACGUACCUGAAAACUUGCAUGUUCAUGAGACAGAAAAAAGGACACCAGCAAUCCUACCAUCAUGUAAAACAAUUACAGGCUUUCGUUUUACACUCACUUGGCAGGACGGUAGUACCUCCCUGGGCGGUUGCUGUCUACCAACCUACUACCUAGGUAAAACUAUAACUAUUUUAAAGAAUUUUCUGUUAUGGCCAAUUAAUAACACCUUUAUUAAUGUCCUAAAAAACCAUUUUACAGUGAUAAAUGCAAUUUUAAGUAUUAUCAUCCUACUUGCUUUAAUGAGCACCAAGAACAAGUCAAAGUACUGUGGCUGGAAUAUUUCAUAAAUAAUCUGUACUUGAGGGAACUAAAAAAUGACAAUUUUGGUCACUCCUGGACCAUUAUUAAGUAUUAACAAAAGAAAAUGCUGAGAAAAUAAAAUGGAUUGGGAGAGGGGAAGAAGGUAGCGGUAGUAAAAACAGUAGAAGAAAUAAUAGUAAUGGGAGUUACAACAAAUUGCAUUUGAGAGUGGAGUUCUCUGUUUCUCCAGUUCCAAAGGGUUUAAUAGGUACAAAGAGGAGUACUGCAGUAGAUGUAAGGGUCCAUGCUAGGAAAGUGGCAAACAAGCAAGACAGUCUGAAGACAGGAUACAUGAAGUACAUUAGACAGGUCAAGAGAAAUGAGAAGGCAAAGGUCAGGUCAAGGCAUGAGCAUUUUAAAUAUUAGAGCAUUUGAUAUUGUAUGAAAGGCUGGUGUCUAGUAAUAAAAUAGGGACUAUGAUUCAUGAUAGGAAUGCUGUGUAUAAGGACUGAAAAUCUGUUGAAGGCAGGAGGCAGCAGGAAAUGGAAAUACCUUUGACAAGUAUGAAUAAAGUGCAUUUGUAUAGAAAAAUGGUCCAGGAUGGACUGAAACAUCAUCUUAAGUGUAGGUUAUUUGUGUUCUGAUGAGCAUACCUUAAGUAAUAUAUGGCAAAGCAGGAUAAUAGAAUAUCAACAAUGAAUUGUUAAAAACGUUAAUUUGAACUGUUCACGAUGAGUUCAAGGGGUUUGUAGUAAAUGCAUAUGGCUCAGAUGAAUUGAAGUGAUUUGAAUUAAUGCAAAAUUGCUUUAACCGAUAACAUACUGUAAAUCAUUAAUUAGUGCUGUUUCCAAGGAAAAUUCUAUUCAGGUAAUUUUUACUUGGAAAAUCAAGUUUUAGUUAUUUUAUAUUGGUGACUUAUAUAUACUUGAUUAUGAAAGGUAGUUUGUAAGGAAGAAUAUUUGGAAAUACUGGUGGAUCCUAAAUGAGAA